AUGCGUGCACUUACUCGAUACGUACGAACAAGAAAGGCUAGAAAUUGUCAUUAUGGAUCUAAUUCUGCUGGGUGUGCAGUUCGUGUUCCUAAAACAUUCUAUUUUCACUCAACAACAAAUUCAACAAGAAAGCGUCGUGAAUUGAUACCUGAAUGUUGUCCAGGUUGGAUACACUUGGAAGGAGAAGAUGGGUGUUUAAGAGCUAAUUGUACUCCACAAUUAUGUGAAAAUGGAGGUGUUUGUUUGCCUGAAAAUGAAUUGGAAGGGAAUUUUAACAACAAACUUUGUCAGUGCCCUACAGGAUUUGAUGGGUCUACUUGUCAAUUUGAUGUAAAUGAAUGUUUGGCAGGAAAUGGAGGUUGUGAACAUGAAUGUGUAAAUAUUGUAGGCAGUUUUUAUUGCAAAUGUUAUAGUGGAUUUGAAUUGGCUGAAAAUGGUGUUAAUUGUAUUGAUGUGGAUGAAUGUUCAAUAUCUAAUGGUGGUUGCCAAUUUAAAUGUAUAAAUACAAAGGGUGGUUAUCUCUGUCAAUGUCCAUUCCCAAGUCAAUUAGCCCCAAAUGGACGUGAUUGUAUUAAAGAAAAUUCUUGUAAAAAUCAAAAUGGAGGUUGUGAACAAAUUUGUGAAGAAAGGACGAGUGAUUCAAGUUUUUGGAGAUGUAGAUGCCGAAAAGGAUAUAAAUUGGGGGAGGAUAGAAAAAGUUGUUUUGUUGAAAAUCCCUGUGCAGUAGAAGAAAAUCGUUGUCAACAUUUUUGUUUAAAUGCUGGAAAUGGCAAAGCUAAAUGUCAAUGUUAUCCAGGUUUUAAAUUAGCUGAAGACCAAUUUAGUUGUGUUGAUAUUAACGAAUGUAUUGAAAAUGAGUCGCCUCUAUGUUCUUUUAAUUGUGAAAAUACUUAUGGAAAUUAUUAUUGUGUUUGUCCUGAAGGUUAUCAACUUGGUGAAGAUGGAUAUAGUUGUGAACCUAAUAGACUGGCUUCACCAUUUAUUUUUGCUAAACAACAACAAUUUACUAUUGAUUCUCUACCCCCACUUUUUGAAAAAUCAGAACAACAACAAAAAAGUUUACAACCCGAACGUCUUAAAAUUAGAGGAAUAGCACAACAUUAUGAGACAAAACAACAUUCUAUAUUGCCUAUUUUAAACAACAAUAAGGAAAAAGGUUUGUUUAUGUUGUUGGUUUUUGGUUUUAUUUGUUUGUUGUCUUGUUGUGAAGCAGAAAUGUCCAUAUCAACAGCCUGUACAUUUGGCCAUUUUGGUUCGGAUUGUGAAUAUUCCUGUUCUGAUUGCAAAAAUGGUGGAGGCUGUAAUUAUUUGAGAAAUAAAUGUGAAUGUAUGCCUGGAUGGCAGGGCCAAUUAUGUGAAUUGCCCUGUUUAGAAGGAACUUUUGGUAUUGAAUGUUCACAAUAUUGUCAAUGUGGAGGAGCUAAUUGUAAUUCUAUUACUGGUGAAUGUUUGUGUUUAAAUGGAACAACAAAAUGUGAAGAUGAAAAUUGUUUAAAAGGAUAUUUUGGUCCAAAUUGUUCUUCAAUAUGUAAACAAAAUUGUAGAGAUGGAAGUUGUGAUAGAUAUUUAGGAAUUUGUCUUUGUUCUGAUGGAUAUUUUGGUGACAAAUGUGAUUUGCCUUGUCCUGAUUGGACAUAUGGAAAGAACUGCCAAAUGUCUUGUCGUUGUUCUCGUGAGGGAACUCAAAAGUGUGAUACAAAAACUGGUUCCUGUCAGUGCCUUCCUGGUUUUCAAGGUAUUUAUUGCCAUCAAAGAUGCCAUUUUGGAUUUUUUGGUGAUAAUUGUUCUCAAGAAUGUAAUAAUUGUCCUCGAAGAAAUUGUGACUCAAAAAAUGGUGUUUGCUUAGAUUCUGAAUUUGAAAUUGUUUCAAAAUGUCAACCUGGCUAUUUUGGUGAAAAUUGUGAAAAAGUUUGUCCAACUGGAAAAUAUGGAAAGAAUUGUUCUUUGGAAUGUAAAUGUUUUGAUAAUGAGGAAAAUCUUUGUCAUCCCGUCAGUGGUAUUUGUUUACAAAUAAAUUGUCCUGAUGGAAAAUAUGGACCCAACUGCAAUUUUGAUUGUUUCUGUGAAAAUGGCGCAACUAGAUGUGAAUCUUUAAAUGGAACAUGUUUUUGUAAAGAUGGUUUUUAUGGGCCUAAAUGUAGUGAAAGAUGCCCACCAGGCCGUUUUGGUCCAAAUUGUAAAAAUGUUUGUGGAUGUCAAAAUGGCGCACAUUGUGAUUCUAACGAUGGAAGUUGUUUAUGUCCAGCAGGCUUUCAUGGCAAAUUUUGUGAACAUCUCUGUCCUCGUGGUACUUUUGGUAUUAAUUGUAUGGAAAUUUGCGAUUGUGAAGUUUCAAUGAAUAGUUCAAGUCAUUUGGAGUACAAAAUGGAAGGGCAUCAAUCUGAACAACAACAGCAACCAUCUCUGGUUCAUUUGGGCACAGAUAAUUGUAAUCCAAUUGAUGGUGAUUGUAUUUGCCCGCCUGGUUUUUAUGGGAAACGUUGUGAACAAGAAUGCCCAAACGACAAAUUUGGCAUUCAAUGUACUGGUACUUGUUCUUGCCAAAACGGUGCUUCAUGUAAUUCAGCAACAGGAGAAUGUGAAUGUGCACCUGGAUACUGGGGUGAACAUUGCGAGCGGGCAUGUCCUUCUGGAACUUUUGGUGAAAAAUGUGGGAAUAAAUGCAAUUGUGGUGCAGAAGUAGACAGAGGAGAUGUUGAUGAUAUAAGAUGUCACCAUGUAACAGGAGAGUGUCAAUGUCCUCCAGGAUUGACUGGCCAAUUAUGCAAUGAAAGUUGUCCUUUGGGAAGAUGGGGACCUGGAUGUUCUGAACUGUGUAAUUGCUCAUCAAAUAGAGAAGGAGGAAAGUGUAAUCCUGUUACUGGCUUUUGUGAAUGUUCUGCUGGAUGGAUGGGACGAAAUUGUGAAUUUGAAUGCCCUUCUGAUUUGUAUGGGCCAAAUUGUCUUGAACAUUGUCUUUGUGCAAACGGGGGAAAAUGUAAUUCUAAAACAGGAGAGUGCUCAUGUUCUUCUGGAUGGACUGGAAAAGGAUGCGAAUUUCCUUGCCCUUUUGGUCUUUUCGGUAUUGGUUGCAGUGAUAAAUGUGAUUGUAAAAAUGGUGCAAGUUGUAAUCAUACAACUGGAGAGUGUUUUUGUUUACCUGGAUGGACAGGAAAAAGGUGUGACAAACAAUGUGAAGAGGGUAGUUUUGGUGCGAAUUGUUCCCAAGCUUGUCAGUGUCAAAACGGUGGAGUUUGUAAUCAUAUAAGUGGUCAUUGUCAAUGUGCACCUGGAUGGAGAGGGAAAAAGUGUAACAAAGCCUGUACAAAAGGAUUUUUUGGCCAAGAUUGUGCACAAUUGUGUAGAUGUCCGGGCUUGGAAGCUUCUUGUGACCAUGUAACUGGUCAAUGUAUAUGUCCUCCAGGAUUUAAAGGUCUUCAAUGUAAAUGCUCUCCUGGUACUUUUGGAGUAGAUUGUUCUCAAAAAUGCAAUUGUAAAUUACCAAACCAAGAAUGUGAUCCUUUCAAUGGAAAAUGUUUUUGUAAGGCUGGAUAUUAUUCUGAUGAUGAUCAAUGUGAACAAAGUUGUGUUCAAGGACUUUUUGGCAUUGGAUGUUCAGAAAAAUGUGACUGUCAAAAUGGUGCAAAUUGUAAUAUAGAGACUGGAGAGUGUUUAUGCCCACCUGGCUUUAUUGGUCCUCAUUGUGAAUUUUCUUGUCCAGAAAAUCGUUAUGGACCUAGUUGUUCAAAUUUUUGUGUGUGCCAAAACGGAGGGAAAUGUGACCAAAAAAGUGGAGAAUGCUUUUGUCUACCAGGCUUUACAGGAAGUAAAUGUUCUGAAUUAUGCCCUCCUGGCCGGUUUGGACAUAAAUGUAGGGAUAAAUGUCAAUGUGCUGAUGGGUCUAAAUGUGAUCCAAUAAAUGGAAAUUGUUUUUGUAGGCCUGGCUUUAUGGGACCGACAUGUCUUGUUGAAUGCCCUCAAGGACAUUAUGGGUUUAAUUGUUCACUUGAGUGUGACUGCAAUGGAGCUAGUUGUAAUCCUUCAAGUGGUUGUUGUAAUUGUCCAUCGGGACGGCAUGGUUCAAGAUGCCAAUUUGAAUGCCCUCAAGGAAGAUUUGGUUUACACUGUUCUCAAACCUGUUUGUGUCAAAAUGGAGCUAAUUGUAAUAUUUUAACGGGAGAAUGUUUAUGUCCACCAGGAUUUUCUGGAGAAAAGUGCGAGAAUCAUUGUCCUUUUGGUUUUUAUGGUCCUUUAUGUUCUUUAUCCUGUGAAUGUGCUGGGUAUGGAUGUAAUCCAAUUACUGGAGAGUGUAUCUGCCCUAUGGGGAAAUUUGGAAAGGAAUGCUUGGAAGACUGUCCAGAAGGCCAAUUUGGCCAGAAUUGUAACCAACAAUGUGAAUGCUAUAAUGGAGCAAGGUGUAACCCAAUAGAUGGAAAAUGUCAGUGUUUACCUGGAUAUUUGGGUCCAAAUUGUAAAUUGGAAUUGAGAGAUCCUGAAAGAAUGGCAAAAAGAGGAGAUUUGCCUGAUUUUGAUGAAAUUAUUAGAAGGCGAAAAAGGGCAAAAAAUUAA